CACUUCUUCUCCCACUACCCCCUUGGCCGCCGUCGAGUUCGAGUUCAGACCGAAGCCAAGUUUCCAGGUCGACCAGAGGAGGCGAGCCAUGGCCCGUACCAAGCAGACCGCCCGCAAGUCCACCGGCGGCAAGGCGCCCCGCAAGCAGCUCGCCACCAAGGCCGCGAGGAAGUCCGCCCCGACCACCGGCGGCGUGAAGAAGCCGCACAGGUACAGGCCCGGCACCGUGGCGCUCCGCGAGAUCCGAAAGUACCAGAAGAGCACGGAGCUGCUGAUCCGCAAGCUGCCCUUCCAGCGCCUGGUCCGCGAGAUCGCGCAGGACUUCAAGACGGACCUCCGCUUCCAGUCCCACGCCGUGCUCGCCCUCCAGGAGGCCGCCGAGGCGUACCUCGUGGGGCUCUUCGAGGACACCAACCUCUGCGCCAUCCACGCCAAGCGCGUCACCAUCAUGCCCAAGGACAUCCAGCUCGCCCGCCGCAUCCGCGGGGAGCGCGCCUAGGCGGGAGCCAGACCAGUCCGGCCCCAGUCCGCCGCAUCCAUCUGAGGGCGUGCCGCCGUUCGUUCGCCGGCACCAGUUGAUUCGCUUGCCGUUUUAGGUCUUGUUAGGUUUGGUUUGCGGUGAUGCAAACAGAUGCUUUCUGUGGAAUUGUUGGUUAAUGUACUGUUGAUCGACCAUUAUCGAUGUAUGCAAUUCUGACGGGACGUACCGUGAA